UUAAAUAUAAAUCUGACUCAUCAACUGGCUGUACCCAUUUGAUAAUUUCUGGUGCCUUCCCAGGUCACUGGCAGAUGAAAACCCUCAGCAGCCCCAGCAACGCCAGCACCAUCACUGGCUUCAUCCUCCUGGGAUUCCCCUGCUCCAAAGAGGGACAGAUCUUCCUCUUUGCACUCUUCUCCAUUGUCUACAUCCUCACCCUCAUGGGCAAUGCUUCCAUCAUCUGUGCUGUGCGCUGGGAUCAGAGACUCCACACACCCAUGUACCUCCUGCUGGCCAACUUCUCCUUCCUGGAGAUCUGGUAUGUCACCUCCACAGUCCCCAACAUGCUGGCCAACUUCCUCUCUGACACCAAGGUCAUCUCCUUCUCUGGGUGCUUCCUGCAGUUCUAUUUCUUCUUCUCCUUGGGUUCUACGGAAUGCUUUUUCCUGGCAGUCAUGGCAUUUGACCGCUACCUUGCCAUCUGCAGGCCUCUACAUUAUCCUGCUGUCAUGACUGGGCGCCUUUGCAACAUCCUGGUGAUCAGUUGCUGGGUGCUUGGAUUCCUCUGGUUCCCUGUUCCCAUCAUCCUCAUCUCCCAGAUGUCCUUCUGUGGGUCCAGAAUUAUAGAUCACUUCUUAUGUGACCCAGGCCCUCUGUUAGUACUGACUUGCAGAAAAGCUCCCUUAAUAGAGCUAGUCUUCUCCAUCUUGAGCCCUCUGCCUCUCAUUAUUCCUUUUGUGUUUAUCAUGGGGUCUUAUGCUCUGGUCCUCACAGCUGUACUGAAGGUCCCUUCAGCUUCUGGGAAAAAAAAGGCUUUCUCUACCUGUGGGUCUCAUCUGUCUGUGGUGGCAUUGUUCUAUGGCUCCGUACUGGUCAUGUAUGGGAGUCCAACAGCUGAGCAUGAAGCUGGGAUGCAGAAGAUUGUGACUCUGUUUUACUCUGUCUUGACUCCACUCCUCAAUCCUGUGAUAUAUAGUUUUAGGAACAAACAUAUGAAAAGAGCCCUGAAGGAAAUUCUAGGGGAGGUAAAAAAUUGGUCAUCAAAAAAGGCCAUGGGCAAUUAA